UCCUCCCAUAUUCUUUUACUAAAAAAUUAAAUUUCAAAAUGAAAAUGCGCGCUCUCUUGUCCUGUUUAUUCAACAAUGACGGCCAAGAUUCAGUCGGCACAGGUGCUACUUUCGAUCCAGAUGAGCGAUGGUCUAAUGUUUACAGGGAAAGGGAAAAGAAUUCAAUUUAUAAAUGGGUUGGGAUUAGAACGGGUGGAGAGUUGAUUAGUGUGUAUGAGAAGGAAGGCGAAGAGGGAGUGCUUAGUUUUGCUCAAGAGAAAAUCGAGUCCAGUUUGUACAACGACGGCCAAUCCCCCCAAUUAAUAAAAUUUGCCGAUUAUGUAAGAUGGAAGAAAUCGGUAAAUAUAGAAUUUGGGAUAUCCGACGAGAAGGAAGACUUUAACGAAGCAAAAUCUGCCUUUCGAGAACACGAAGCACAAUGGCGUUUAAAUAAAAGAGGAGUAGAAGGCGAAACAUUAAUACAUUUAUUAUUAAAUAGAGAAGAGCCUGUAUGUCAAGAAAUUGCUAGAAUACUUGUAAAUAAAUAUCCGGGAUUAGCUAAAGAUAUUUAUUUGGGAGAGGAUAUGUUUGGCCAAAGCUGUCUCCAUCUUUCUAUAGUCCAUGAUGACUAUGACACAGUACAAUUAUUAUUGGAAAGUGGUGCUUCUGUAAAUGCUAGGGCUACAGGGGAUUUUUUCAUGCCUGAAGAUUGGGAGGAAAAAGACAUAAAAACUAUGGAUUAUCAGGGAUAUGCUUAUUAUGGGGAAUAUCCCUUGGCUUUUGCUGCUUGUUUUGAGAACAAGGAUAUUUAUGAUCUUUUGAUUCAGUAUGGUGCUAACCCAGACCUUCAGGAUAUGUUUGGAAACACUGUGUUACACAUGUGUGUUAUUAAGAACAAAAAUGCAAUGUAUAGCUACGCUGUCAGGCAUUGGCAUAAGCCUGCACAUACUAACAUUGUAAAUCAUGCAAGUUAUACCCCUUUAACGCUCGCUACAAAACUUGGAAGACGACAAAUAUUUUAUGAAAUGUUGGAAUUAAUGAAGGUCGAGUUUUGGCGAUUUUCUGACAUGACUUGCAGUGCUUACCCUCUGGAUGCUUUAGAUACAAUUAGACCGGAUGGAUCAACAAGUGUGUUUUUUAAGUUGAAAUAG